GGUUCUCGUGAUUGUCAACUUUCGCCUUCUUCUGUACGGUUUCACCUCUCUUUCUGUGUGAGAGUCUUCUGGCUUUUGACUUCCUUUUAUUUCAUUUCUAAUUUCUGUUGCUAUAUUCUCUUGGACUCUUUACCCUUAAUUUCCCCAUCUUCUGCAACUCCAGCGAGAUUUGGUUCGGCUUUUUUUUUCUUUCGGUUUAUCAGGGUAUGUCUGUAUCUUGGUUCUUCUGGAGCUAAGCUUCCAUUAACUUCAUUGCAGACACUGUUGAACAGGAUUUCAGAAAUGGGUCUUAGCUUGUUUUUCUUCUAGCUUGUUCUGCUUUUAGGUUAGGAUGCAAUGUUGCUUGUUUUCUUAGUUUGUGUUUUUCUUCUUUCUUCCUGGAUAAUGCAUAGAAUUAUCCAUUUCUUACUAAGAACACGUAAAUUUGUGCUGGAGAAAAAAACAUUACAGCAUUCUGAGUUCUGAAAUUUUGUGGCAGGUKCUCCUCUGAAGAAAUUCUGGUAGGAAGUUUAAUACUUUUACUGGAUUGUAGAAGACGCUGAAGGAAACCUCUUGUGUUUGGUGACACUUGAAUGCCUUUAAAAUAAAAUUUUGGGCAUAUAAGGAUGAAACGAUGGCUUUAUGGUUUGAAGGGGAAACAACUAUCUCUCACUCUUGUUGCUAUGGCUUGCACAACCAUCCUUAUCUGGGCAUGGGAAAAAACGCCACUUCUCACCACAUUGCUUCCACCUCAAAGCCUGCUCUCAAUUCCUUCUUCAGAAAUACUCAUGGGCACACCUCUUGUGAGCGCAACAUCUUCAAACUCAGAUGUCUAUGUUAAGGAAGAUUUAUCAUAUGCAGAACCAAACAAAGAAACGAUAACUGAGCAUGGGGAACAAAGCUUCUCUGUGGUAGCACCUACAAACAUGAACUCUCCUGAAAAGAGUAAAAAUGAUAGUAAUCCAACUAGACCCUCCUUUGAGAAGAAAGAAAUUUUACCAAAUGCAUUAAGGGAAGGGUUGACACUCAAACCAGGCCUAGAAGAAAAAGAUGGAUCUGAACAAGUGAAAAAUGUCGAGGUAGUAGCAACAAUGGUUCAUAAAAUCAACACCUCUUCUGUGAAGGGAAAGGAUGAUGGGAGUUCAGGGACUCUUGUGGAGGAGAAAGCACCCUGUAAUUAUGCAAGGGGAAGAUGGGUCGUGGACAAUAAACGACCAUUGUAUUCUGGGUUUGGUUGCAAGCGCUGGCUGUCAGAGAUGUGGGCUUGUAGGUUGACCCAGCGCACAGACUUUUCCUAUGAGAGUUUUCGAUGGCAGCCAGAAAAUUGUGAAAUGCCAAACUUUGAAGAAUCUAAAUUUUUGAGAAGAAUGCAGGACAAGACUGUAGCUUUCGUCGGGGAUUCACUGGGCAGGCAGCAGUUCCAAUCGCUAAUGUGCAUGGUGACAGGUGGCAAAGAUAGACCAGAUGUCAUUGAUGUUGGAAAGGAGUAUGGUCUUGUCAAAGCUCGCCAUGCUACACGGCCUGAGGGUUGGGCUUAUCGGUUCCAAAGCACCAAUACUACUAUCCUCUAUUACUGGUCUGCAAGCCUCUGUGAUUUGGAGCCUCUUAAUAUCAAGGACCCAGCCACUGACUAUGCAAUGCACCUUGAUCGCCCAGCAGCAUUCUUGCGCCGUUACCUUCACAGGUUUGAUGUCCUGGUCCUCAACACAGGACACCAUUGGAACAGAGGGAAGCUUAGAGCAAAUAGGUGGAUCAUGCACGUUGGAGGUGUUCCCAAUACGAAUGGGAAGCUUGCAACUAUUGGAAGUGCCAAGAACUUCACAAUAUAUAGUGUUGUCAAGUGGCUAGAUUUGCAACUUCCAAAACAUCCACAGCUUAGAUCAUUCUUCAGGACUAUUUCACCUAGGCAUUUCUUCAAUGGGGAGUGGGAUUCAGGGGGAAGUUGCGAGAAUACCACUCCAUUGGCUGGAGGAAAGGAAGUUUUGCAAGAGAAAUCCAGUGAUACUGUGGCUGAGGGGGCUGUGAAGGGGACAAAUGUGAAGUUGUUGGACAUAACUGCUCUCUCCAAGCUAAGAGAUGAGGGCCACAUUUCCAAGUACAGCAUUAAAGCAACACCUGGUGUCCAGGAUUGCUUGCAUUGGUGUUUACCAGGCAUUCCUGAUACAUGGAAUGAGAUACUCUUUGCACAAUUAUAGGCCAAAUGACAGUUUCUCAAUCAAGUCUUUAAAAAAAAAAUCUCUGCCUGGGAAGGAGACAUCUCAAUCUCUUGAGGAUACAGACCUGAAGCACUGGAUAUGAUAAAACAUUUGACCAUAAUGAUGAUCUAUCCUCAUAUGUGGUGUUAAGAGGAGGGGUUUGGCACCCAAUACUUAAUUAGGUCCACGAAAUUAUGGCCCAUGGGAUGUUCACGAGUGUUUGGGAACCACUUAGGAUGAAAUGGUCUUAUUAUAUUUUCCCAUUUCACUUGAGAGCACCGGUUCAUCUGAAAUGGAGCCAUUUCAUAUUGUUGGAGAACAUGUAAAAUGAAACCUUUUGAGGUUUCAAUAAAUUUAAGUAAUUACUAUUUUUUCUCUUAAA